AGAAAGAUCAUUCCCAUGGCCCUUUUUCAGCCUUCUUGAUCAAUUCUCACCUGAUACUCCAUUACAGUCUUUCAAAGCCUGCAACUUUAUGUGAGUCUUUAAUUGAUCAUCAAUCUUGACCUGUUCCUGCAGUCUGGGUGUUCUUUGGUCGGCUGUGAAUAUGCCUCUCAGGAAAGGGUUUGAUGUGAGGUCGCAGAGGACUAUUAGGGUGGAGAUCGAUGGUUUGAAGCAGAGCUGUUGGGCUAAUAUGCCACCUGAGCUGUUGAGGGAUGUCCUAAAGAGGCUUGAGUCUUCUGAAUCGAAUUGGCCUUCCAGGAGCAGUGUGGUUUCUUGUGCUGGGGUUUGCAGGAGCUGGAGAGAAAUCAUGAAAGAAAUUGUAAAACCACCUGAAAUUUGUGGUAAAUUGACAUUCCCAAUCUCUCUGAAACAGCCAGGCCCAAGGGAUACUUUCUGCCAAUGUUUCAUAAAGCGUAAUCGCAAUUCCCAAAAAUAUCAUCUUUAUCUAAAUUUUAGUCAAGCUUCUAAUGAUGAUGGUAAGUUCCUUCUUGUUGCUCAAAAGUGUAGACGCGCAACAUGUACAGAUUAUGUCAUUUCUUUGAACUCUGAAAAUGUCUCAAAAGGUAGGCGCACCUACAUUGGGAAGCUAAGAUCUAACUUUUUGGGGACUAAGUUUGUAAUUUAUGACGCACAACCGCCUUCUGGACCCACGUUCACUAAAUGUCGUUCUUCAAGGUCGGUGGGACCCAACCAAGUCUCUCCAAAUAUACCUUCGGGAAACUAUCCGGUAGCUCACAUUUCAUAUGAAUCGAAUGCCUUGGGUUCUAGAGGACCAAGAAGGAUGCAAUGUAUAAUGGAUGCAAUCCCCGCAUCAUCGAUUCAACCGGGAGGUGCGGCCCCCACGCAAACCGAAUUCCUUCCCGCCAACAUACCCAUAUUCCCUUCUUUUCCACUCUUCCGUUCGAAAUCCAUCCGUAAAGACAAUUCGCGAUCCGAAACCGUAACCGUUCAGAAAGAGAGCGCCUUAACAAUGAUAAACAAGGCUCCCGGGUGGCACGAGCAACUUCAGUGCUGGUGUCUGAACUUCAACGGGCGGGUAACGGUUGCUUCGAUUAAAAACUUCCAACUGAUCUCUUCUGUCAUGGAAGUUAAUGAUAGAGUUGCACCGGAGCGCGAUGAUGUGAUUCUUCAGUUUGGGAAGGUUGGAAAAGAUGUUUAUACAAUGGAUUACCAGUAUCCCAUAUCUGCAUUCCAGGCUUUUGCUAUUUGCCUCAGCAGUUUUGACACCAAGAUUGCUUGUGAAUGAUCAACCAGGUGAGCCGCAAGAUGCCUCAACAGGACACGCAUGAUGUCCGGGUUCGUGUUGUUUGCGAUGCCGUGGCACACUUUUAUUUGCUCAUUUUCCAGUUUUCAUAUAGUACGUUGUACGGUUACGUUUUACAGCAUUAUGGUUUCCGAAUGUCUUGGGAAACCCAUUACACACACAUUCAUAUAGGUUAUGUUCUUGGUACAAUUCUUCUUGUCUUGCCAGAAUCUUUGGUUCUGUAAUUUCAUGUUGUGUAAGAUGAUUUAAUCAAGACUGAACUUAAUUGGAGUUUAUAGAGUUCAGAUAUAAUUUUAAUUGUAACUAAGUUCUGGUAAU